AUGAAUACAGAUUCUCAAAAGGAACCUUGGCGAGAAUCAUUAUUCAAUGUAUGCGCCUCACCAGCAAUUUGUUGCAAAGGAUUUUUCUGUACACCUUGUGUAUUUGGUACAAAUGCAGUUAAGAUUAGUAAUGCUUCAUGUUAUGUAUAUUGUUGUGCAUAUUCUAUUUUAAUAUCCUGUUUAUCAUGUGGUCUUAUACAUAUGCGUAUGCGUGCUAAAAUGCGUGAAAAAUAUGGUUUAGAAGAAAAACCAAGUGAUUUUUUGGCUGCUUGUAUACUUUCACCAUUAGCUGUUUGUCAAGAAACACGUGAAAUAAUAUCACGUGAAAAAAAUCCUAAUGAAAAAGUUAGAACAAGUCAACCUGGUGAAAGUGAAAUUGCAUCAACAAAUAAUUCAUCACAUGCAUCAUGA